CAGCAGCUCAUACUGUUUGCCGCUAAAACCAAACUCCUCCAGUGUUUGCCGAUUACAGACUGUAUGGUGGAUACAGAUUAAUGGGAAAAGUUUAGAAUCAGCAUUGCUCAGUUCAGCAGCUGAAAAUGGGAAUCCCUGGCCUGCUGCAGUUCAUCAAAGAUGCAGCAGAGCCCAUCAAUGUGAAGAAGUACAAAGGCCAGACGGUAGCUGUGGACACGUACUGUUGGCUGCACAAAGGAGCGUUUUCAUGUGCUGAGAAGCUCGCUAAAGGAGAACCGACUGAUCAGUACGUGUGGUACUGCAUGAAAUUUGUGGACAUGCUGUUGACCUUCAGUGUCAAACCGAUACUGGUAUUUGAUGGACGCAAUCUGCCUUCCAAACAAGAGGUGGAAAAGGCUCGCAGAGAGCGCAGAGAAUCCAACCUUCGAAAAGGCCGACAGCUCCUACGUGAAGGCAAACUGUCUGAAGCCAGAGACUGUUUCAACCGCUGUGUUAACAUCACACCAGCCAUGGCUCAUAAUCUCAUUAAGGCUGCAAGGGCGAGAGGGGUGGACUGUGUGGUAGCUCCAUAUGAAGCCGACGCUCAGUUGGCUUACCUCACUAAAUCUGGUUUGGCCCAGGCUGUCAUCACAGAAGACUCUGACCUACUGGCAUUUGGCUGCAAAAAGGUGAUCCUCAAAAUGGACAAGCAAGGCAACGGUCUGGAGAUAGACCAAAGUAACUUGGGCCGCUGUCGCUCUCUGGGGAACAUUUUCACCGAGGAGAAGUUUCGCUUCAUGUGCAUCCUCUCAGGCUGUGACUAUCUGGCUUCGCUGCAUGGCAUCGGCCUGGGCAAGGCCUGCAAGCUUCUGCGGCUUGCCAAAGACCCUGAUAUCCUCAAGGUGAUCAGAAAGAUGGGCCAGUACCUGAAGAUGGACCUAGUUGUUCCUGAACAGUACAUUGAAGGAUUCGUCAAAGCCAAUAACACUUUCCUCUACCAGUUGGUCUUUGAUCCGGUCAGGAGGAAAGUGGUACCCCUCAACCCGUACCCAGAGCACAUCGACCCAACCACCCUCACCUACGCUGGACUUAAUGUAGGAAAUGACAAAGGUUUGCAGAUGGCUUUAGGAAACCUUGAUCUCAACACAAUGGAGAGGAUAGAUGACUUCAACCCAGACAAACCCAUUCCACAGCUGUCUAAACCCCGCAACCACAGCUGGAACACCUCAUCAGACCCCACCGGGCCCAGUAUUUGGAGUCGAGAUUUCAAGCCAGCCUUGGCUGCCACACUGCGCUCUACUGCAUCUCCAGAAAGGCCUCCUUCCACCAGGGGGAAGGAGAGAGUCAUCAGCCUGGAUGGUCUGAGGCUGCCCUGCAGAGAGCUGCAGGUGAAGAGGCCAAGACAAGACUCAAGUAUAUCGGACCAGGAUGUGCUUCAGCAGUACUCGGCCACCAGUCAGAAGCGAUCCAGGCCGGAGCAGCAGCUAGACAAGCUCAUGUUAACCAGUCAGCGCCGGCCACACAACUGCUUCGCCACCCUGCUGCAGAGGAGAAACCGGGAGGUUGAGGAGAACAGUUGGGCCACAUGUAGCAGAUUUUUUGGUGAUUCCAGCUCAACAACCAAGGAGUUUGCUCAAAAGGAUUUGCCUCCCGGUGUGGAGCCCCCAGCUGAGAGUUCCACUCAGGACGAGCCCUCUCCCAGCACCCAGACCAAUGACAGUGAUGGUCCUGAUGUUCCAUCUGUGGACACUCCCAGCCCACCUCUGUCACCGAGCACCGCACCCCCCAGUUCAUCCAGUCAGGGCCUCAGCCUGUUCCAUUGGUCAGGUGGCUGUUCUGCCACUGAACAAUCAGAAACUCCCCACUCAGGCCUGGCCACCCUGCAGCAGUUUCACUAUAAGAAAGAAAGUCUUUCCUCAUCUCCAGUGACCCACACGCCCUCUGAAGACAUAGCCUCCUCCUCCGAUGGAAGCCCAGAGGACUUCCCAGAAUCCCCUCCGUCCCAGGACAGUGCCUAUUUCUCUCAGUCCCAGCCUUACCGCAUUUCCUUUGACAAAGAAGAAGUCCCCACCUACAGCUUUCCUUACUCCUACCAGAAAGAUGCAGCACACGAAAUAAGUUCAAGCAAAGAUGGAGAGUCAGGGGAGAGUUUGACACGCUCACCAGCAGAAGAUAAGAAACCUCAAAGACUGAGCUCAAAGGUUUCUGGUCUAUCGAAGCUGAAGUCCAAGAGCCAGGGUCAAGCAGCAAAGGUGCAAAGGUUAGGCCCAGCCAGGGCCAGCGGACUAAGGAAGAGGUCUGUGGGUUCGGGAAAGAAACGCUCCUCCCCCAAUGAGAACAACCCUGGUGUCCAGGCCACCAUCAGCAGCCUGUGGAAGAACUUCAGCUUCAAAAAAGAUACCCAGAAGAUGAGUCCCUAUAAGAAAGAACCCAUGUCCCCUGUCAAAGACAACCUGCCGGCCAGCUCAGCUCCAACGGACUCGGACUUAGUCAGCGGCUUCUGACAGAUGAUUUGAAUGUUUCACAAAGCACUGAUUGCUCUGUGUGGAAGCAACGUUUUAAACAUACCGUGUAUGUCAGUCAUUUCUCAUCAACUUGUGUUUCUUGAUGUACAUUUUUAAAUAAAGCAACCGUCUUUUCAUCCAA